CCGGAAGUGCCCGGUUUGGGCUUGCGCUUGCGCUACCGACUUCCGCGCCGGGACUCCUACCUCCAGCUCGUACGCAGACCGCAUCGCGGGGAACUCAGGUGAUUAGGAUGAUCACAGACGUGCAGCUCGCCAUCUUCGCCAACAUGCUGGGCGUGUCGCUCUUCCUGCUUGUCGUUCUCUAUCACUACGUGGCCGUCAACAAUCCCAAGAAGCAGGAAUGAAAGUGGCGCUUUCUCCGCCCCAGGGUUCCAGGACAUAGUCUGAGGCAAGAUGGAGGGUAUGAGGGGCCUUCACACUUCACUUCACCCUUCUACCCAUCACAACAUACAAAGCAACUACACCUGGAUUUUUUCAAACAACUUUUAUUUCCUCAAAGUCUUCCUUAACCCUAUGGAACAAGAAGCUGCCACUGUGUAGGGCCCAGUAUAGGGGUUUCUUUUCUACUCCCUCCCCCCAAUAUAAAAAUAUAGAUAUA